GUUGAAACAUCCCCUGGGAACAAUCUAAGACUCCACCAUGGGCAAGAUCAUCUUCUACGAGGAGAAGAACUUCCAGGGUCGCUCCUAUGAGUGCCUCAGCGACUGCUCUGACAUUUCCUCCUACCUGGGCAGGUGCCAGUCUUGCAGGGUGGAGAGCGGCUGCUUCAUGAUAUAUGAGCGUCCCAACUACAUGGGCAUGCAGUUCUUCCUGAGGAGAGGAGAAUACCAUGACAUGCAGCGCAUGAUGAGCAUGGGUAUGAUGUUCGACUCCAUCAGAUCCUGCAGAAUGAUCCCCCAUCACAGAGGAUCAUUCAGGAUGAGGAUCUACGAGAGGGAGAACUUUGGUGGUCAGAUGAACGAGCUGAUGGAUGACUGUGACUCCAUCAUGGAUCGCUACCGUAUGUCUGACUGCAUGUCCUGCCAUGUGAUGGACGGCCACUGGCUGAUGUACGAGCACCCUCACUACAGAGGCAGGAUGAUGUACAUGAGGCCUGGAGAGUACAGGAGCUUCAUGAACAUGGGCAUGAGUGGAAUGAGGUUCAUGAGCAUGAGGAGGAUCACUGAUAAUUGUUAGACUUCUAAAACGAGCAAAUAAAAAUAAUGUAAUUCACUGCCACACAUUCAGUUUCUGUUUGUCU